GAACGAAGAAACAAGACAAGAGUGACCAAAUAAAGGUCUUUCUUAUUUCUCCCCACGAAGGCAUAAAAUAUGAAAUUUCCCACUGUAAACUACUUUGGAUGAACAAAUACAAGAUUACAACCACCAUCUCCGCCGUCUAGCUUCUCACAUCAUCAAAUUCUCAUCUUCAUAAGCUGAGGAAGAGUGGCACUCAACAAUCACUAUGGCGACGCAAUCUGACGCUCCUCCGAAUUCAAUUGACCAAAAACCGCAAAACCCGGUUUCACAGGUCACACAACCCACUGUUGAUGAUGGUCAGAAUGCCAAGGUAGAACCUAAAAGGGAGAGUUCUCCAUCUUCUGCAUUUGUCAACUCAGAACCAAUUCGAGAAGGGCAAGUACAAAAUGCUGUGAAGUUUCUUUCACAUCCAAAUGUUAGGGGAUCGCCAGUUACUUACAGAAGGUCAUUUCUUGAGAGGAAAGGACUCACAAAAGAGGAGAUAGAUGAAGCCUUCCGUCGUGUUCCUGAUCCAACCCCAGCUGUUACAACUACACAGCAGGUUGCCACAAGUCAUGAUGCACACGUAAAAGCUCCAUCAAAUAUUCAACAGCAGGCUCCAAUACAAACUCUGCAGUCUACACCUGCAGGCAGCAUUUCAACAAUUGGUAGGCUCUCUCGCUUUCACUGGUCUCAUGCUCUUCUUGGUGUGGGUUUUCUGGCUGUUUCAGGAGCUGGAACAGCAGUACUUUUCAAGAAUGCAAUAUUUCCCAGGUUGAAGUCUUGGAUUCGCAAGGUUGUAUUGGAGGAAGAAGAAGAGGGUCUGCAAAAGAAAUACGAAGUGAAGCCAAGUUUAGCAGAAGAAGCCGCAGCUGCUGCAAAAGCUGCAGCCGCUGCAGCAGCAGAUGUAGCUCGGACAAGCCAGGAGAUAUUGAUAUCAAAAACAGAAGAGAAGAGAUGCUUUGAAGAGCUUAUCAGUGUGAUAAAUGUGCAAUUAGGUGAGAUGAAGUUGAUGAGUACUGCUAUGCGUAAGUUAGAAGGUCGAAACCAGGGAAGAAUUCCAAUGGAGGAACAAGAUGAUAACAGGAUCUCGUGGACUAGUUCAAGGCAACCUUAUGCAAAUGGCAAGGUGGAUUCUGACUCACGUUCAGUGAGAUCUUCGUCACCACCUGCAUUGGUGGAACCCUCUGUUGCUCCUCACCCUAAGUCGUAUAUGGAGAUCAUGGCUAUGAUUCAAAGAGGGGAGAAACCAUCCAACAUUAGAGAGAUCAAUGACGCACCACCAAAUCCCAACCAACCGGUGCCACUUCCUCGUUUAGCUCCAAGGCCUAAGCCUUGGGAGGUUAGUCAAGCUCAGAGAACCUCGACCAAUGUUAUUCAGUCUCAAGAAAGCAGUAAUGGCGUAAGUUACGAGUUCAAAGAUAAGCAGGCAAAUGGUGAUGAUGAGGUUCCAUGGUGGCAACGGAAAAAUGUCAGAAUCACGGAAAUUGAAGCUGGGGAUGAACAGAAAUUUGGAUCUUCCAAUAUAACAAGUCAUGUUGGACCGGUUCAACGGUUGUGGGUACCUCCCCAGCCACCUCCUGUUGCCAUGCCUGAAGCAGCUGCAGCUAUUAGACAGCCAAAGAAAUUACAGAAAGAUGAUCAAUUGAAUGAUGAGCAAUCAAUGGCUCGCUCUUCAGACGUAACUGAUGAGUUGCAGAGGUUCACAAAACUGUCUGAAUUGGGCGGCAGCGUGGAGGUUAAUGGAGGAAAUUCCGGGUAUAAUUCAAGUGAAAUACAAAAGGAAGAGGAAAACUCCAUUCUCGAGAUGUAAUUAACCUAAGAGGUGUUCGGGUUGAUCCAAGGGUAUUAAUUUUGCUGGACGUUGAUAAUAGUAAAUUUAAGAGAACAUGUUUGUUGAAUCAACCCAUCAAUAAGGUUUGAGUAAUGUUAUUUUGUACAUAAUUGUGUACAUAAUAGUGCAUAGGUAAAUGACGUGGAAGGGAGAGAGAGAGUCAGAGAGAAGAAACUCGGUUAUUUUAACCCCUCUUUCUUGUCAUCUAUCUGUAUACUGUUAUGUAAACAAUGAUGUGCAAAUAGCAUUAUUCGAUUUGAGGUUUUACUAUUGCUUUAGCCUACACUUAUGAUCCAUACGUUAAAGCGUUUUAUUGUCUA